AUGGGCCAAUGCUACGCCACGUCCUCAGCCGCGAUUCACCACCUCCUCUGCUGCUCCGCGCCGCCCCGCCACGAGAUGCCCAACGACGUCGUCGCGGCCAGUAGUAGCGUGCUCACGAACCGCGACCUCUGGCGCAGCAUCACGGCCUUCCAGCCGGGCACCCGCUUCCUCAUCAAGCGCCUUGUGCGGCAAUGGCGCGGCCAGCGCGAGCCCGCUGCCCGCGCACGGCUCAUCUUGGAUGCGAUCGCAGACCCGGUCUCUCGCAUGCUCUUUCUGCGCGAGCUGUACACAUCGUCGACACGGUACUUUUCACGCACGUUCAUGAACCUUUCCGCAAGCUACGGGUACCACGACGUGCUCGUCUUCCUCCACGAGCACCGCAAGAACGGGUGCACGACGGACGCGAUGGACCUCGCCGCCGCCAACGGCCACGUCGCGAUCGUUGCGUUCUUGCACCAGCACCGCAAUGAAGGCUGCACGACGCGCGCCAUGGACGUCGCGGCCGCCAACGGUCACCUCGACGUCGUCCGGUUUCUACAUCUCUUCCGCAAGGAAGGCUGCACCACACAGGCGAUGGACUUGGCGGCAGCGAACGGCCACUUGGACAUUGUCCGGUUUCUCCAUGCCAACCGCACCGAAGGCCCGACGAUGCACAAUGCGUCAUGGGACACGAUCGAGCGGAUGCGCAGCUGGCGCUACUGCCAAUGGACGGCCAUCAGCAGCCUCGUGACACUGGCCUGCGACCUCGACGACCUCGACGACGACCCGCUCACGUCCACGCGGGCGUGCUCGCUCGAGAUGCACCUGGUCGACACGAGCGCUGUGGGUGGUUGUACCUCAUUUGCCAUGGACUGGGCCAUCGCGAAUGGCCACGCCGACGUCGUCGCGUUCCUUGCCGACGCGCGGCAGCUGCGAUGCACACGCGAAAUGCACCGCUUGGCCCUUGCACGUGGCCACGACGCAGUCGCUACCUGCAUUGCCCCGCUGCUGGUCGCGUGA